CUGGGCCAGAGGGUCUUUAUGCUUGAGCAAGUCUAAUGAAAACAUCAAUCUCCAAAGGCUUGCCCAUUUGUUUUUACUUUUAAAACGCUAAUUGACAUAAAGUCAAUUUUUUUCUUUUUCCACUGUGUGGGCAGGAGGUUGCAUCUAAAAAUGAGGUUCAGGGGUCUCCCCUCUGACUGCUGGUUUAGAAGAAUUCCCCAGGCCUGUACCAGGGUAUACUCCAGAUAGUCACACAAUUGCCCCACCUUGAAAAGCUUCCUCUGCUGUCCGGCCUGACUCAAUUUCUUCUCUCUUCACAUACCUAUUUGAGUGAGGGAGAAGGUGGCAGCUUACUGCUAUUCUACUUGACUCCCAUCAGGCAUUGCUUGAAUUGCUGAGGCUGCAGGACAGCCUGCAGCUAUGGCUUCCUAUGAUGGCCUGGGUGACAAAAAGCUCAGAACAGGAGGUUGUGCUCUAGGAAUCUCAAGACAAAAGAAUUCUCUUGGCCUUUAGGAGCUCCUUCAGCAUGCCCGGACAGUGAAUGCCUGGGCAUUUAGGUUCUUCACCAGCAUGAUUCCUAGGAACUGAUGUCAUAAAGAGAUAGUCAAUUUGUUGGGAAUAGUGUACAUUUCAGAGGAAAAAGACCCCCAAGUGGUGUCCUUUAGAAGCUAUGUAACUUUGGGGAAGUACCCCAGUCUUCUAUGGCUUUUCUAAGGGACUUAACCUUGACCUUUUGCCACCAGAGUAGAGCAAAGAGCAGUGACCUGGUUGUAGGGUGGGAACGCUUGAAGAUCCACUUGAGGUCGGCUACCUUAGUAGAUUGUAACUACAUGGCCACUCCUUAAGUGUGAGCUUCCCUCAAGUGUGAACAUCCCUUAAGUGUGAAUGCAGUGGAACUGGCAAUCCCAGGAACUUUCUCAUAGAAUUGCAAGUAGUAAAUUUCCCAGUCCACACAAACUUCAGACACUUCCUCAGGGAGGGCCACAUGCAUACAGCAUAGAAUUAAUUAAAACUGGGGGCCUCCCAGGAUGUUGGGGAAACACAUACUUCCACCCAAUAAAGACAACCUGACUACUCUGCUGUAAUAGUCCCCUCCCCCACUCCUGCCGAUUGGUUUCUUCCCUCUGCAUUACUGUGACCUACAGUGACACCUCAUGCCAGAGUUGACCAUGCAGAUCAGCUGUGCUCAGAACCCAUCCCACUGUGCCAGGGUAGAAAUCAUACCCACUUGACAUGCACUUAUAUGGCUGAUAUCCAUGGAAAAACAGAGCUAAGCAAGGUAAGGAGAGGAAGGAAACAGGUAAAUCUGAAGACCCAGCAGAACUGUGAUGGUAGGUGGAAGGUGGAUAUCAGCAAGUUAUAUUUCCAACCAGGCCCUGUGGGGUCUUAAGCCCCUAAAGCUAGCAGAUCCCAGGCCAGUGCUAGUUCUGCCUUCACAUCUAACACAAUCACGAGUUGAUCAGCCAGGUCAUCAUGGUGUUUCCUCAGUUCUUAUUUUUAUGAUAGUAAUAAUUGUAGUGUGGCUUGGUGCCUGAGGUGUGCCACACACAGUUCUAAGAGCUUUAUGCAUAUGAUGUGAGCCAUCGGAUAUGCAUAUGCAUCUCACAUAAGAAUAGCAUCUCAUGUGAAUUUUUAUAAUAGCCAACCACAUUAUCACUAUCACACUCUUCAAUUUGCAAUGGAGGAAACUGAGGCCAGGAUGCUCAAGUGAAUCUCCUAACUCCCUCCAGUUCCUCAGGGAUGUGUGAGGAUGAACAAGUGGAUUAACUGGGUGUAGUGUUCAGUGUCCUCCUUCCUCUUUUUUAAAAAACUCUAUCAUAUUCCAGGGUAGAGUGUGCUCCAAGAGAGGAUGUGCCUGGAGUGAGGAAUUAUGCCCAGUUAACAGAUUCAAUGAUGCUAAAACUCUUGGGCCAUUGCAAGAUCUCAUAAAUGAAGAAGCACCAGUCAGAUCUUGGCUUUGGGCCUCAUUUCUACAUUAUUAACCUAUUCCUGGAGAAUGGGGAGGCUUUAAGUGGAAGGAGAUUUGACUUCUGAGUCACUUUACCCUUAAUGGAUAUAAAAUACAAGACUUGAAAGUGACUUCCUGGCUGUGCUGAAUGACUACCCGUCUCCUGACAUCAGCCCCCCGAUAUUCCGAAGAGGAGAGAAACUGCGUGUGAUUUCUGAUGAAGGAGGCUGGUGGAAAGCCAUUUCUCUCAGCACUGGCCGGGAAAGUUAUAUUCCAGGGAUAUGUGUGGCCAGAGUAUACCAUGGCUGGCUGUUUGAGGGACUGGGCAGGGACAAGGCUGAGGAACUGCUGCAGCUGCCAGACACAAAGAUUGGUAGCUUCAUGAUUCGAGAAAGUGAAACAAAGAAAGGUUUCUACUCACUGUCAGUAAGACACAGGCAGGUGAAGCAUUACCGCAUCUUCCGCCUGCCCAACAACUGGUACUACAUCUCACCAAGGCUCACCUUCCAGUGCCUGGAGGACCUGGUGAAUCAUUAUUCUGAAGUGGCUGAUGGACUAUGCUGUGUGCUCACUACACCCUGCCUGGCACAGAACACACCUGCUCCAACAUCUCACCCAUCACCUUGCACCAGCCCUGGUUCACCUGUCACCUUACGCCAGAAGACCUUUGACUGGAAGAGGGCAUCCAGAUUGCAAGAAGGUCCAGAGGGAGCGGAGAACCCACUCAGAGUGGAUGAAUCCCUUUUCAGCUAUGGUCUUCGGGAAAGCAUCGCUUCCUACCUGUCUCUGACAGGGGAUGACAGCAACUCCUUCGACCGGAAGAAGAAGAGUCUUUCCUUAAUGUACACUGGCAGCAGACGCAAGAGUUCCUUCUUUUCAGCCCCCCAGUACUUUGAAGAUUAAUACCCUGGCUGACACACAAAAAACAAAGGCUUUGACUGCCACCUGGGCUCUUAUGAAGGCCAGAGUUCCUUCUUGGUUCCCUCAGGUAUUCCAGGAAUCAAAGGAAAUCACACAAAGACUGCCUUUUCAUACUGAUCAGAGGAACUCCUCCCUGUGGUCUGAUCAGUAUUGUGGAGCCACAUCAUGUUUGAAUCAUGAUGAAAUGGGGCAGUACAUCAAAGAACUGUGUGUGUAUGAGUGUGUUUAAUUAGAAUAGAACACUCUUGCAAGAAUGUUUGGAGACUGACUCCAGCUCACAGUCCAAGAUGACCCUUCUCUGAGACCCUGUGGAGAGCAUCCAUCUAAGAAAGAUGGGGAAGAUGGCCUUUGUAGAUCUCCAGAAUGAUUUCUACCUGGAGCAAAACUACCUUUAUAGGUCCAGUGGGACCUUUGGGCUAUGUAUCUUCUAUUUCUAAAGGACCAGUGACACUAAAAAAUAUUCAGAAGGGAUAACAGCUUUGAGCUGAGUGGAAUCUUUAACAUUCAGGGGUACCAAAGUCACAUGGGCAGAAGUAGAUGGCCAUGCUAAGUCACAGGAGAGUAUAGGGUAGUGAGCGGCCAUACAGGAGAGGGAGGAGGCAGCUCUACUGCAAAAACUUCUCAAAUAGACAGUCUUGAUUCAUCCAGCUGCCAAGGUUCUGUGUUCUAAAACCCCCAUUCCUCAUGCCUAUUGGAAAAAGCCUGGGUGAAAUACUAUGCUGAGGUCAAAUGGGAAUAAGUGAAGUAUGAAUGGAAUUCCUUAAUGCUGGGAUUCCAGCUGGAGCACAGAGAUAAGAAGAAGAACAUGAUGUAACCCUGAAUGUGAAACAGGAGGAACCAUCACAGUUACAAUGGGCUGAAGACAAAUGAGGGUUACCCAGGUGCUCUUAUUCCCAUGGAUCUACAAGGAAUACAAGGCUUGUUGGACCAAGUAGAUUAGAAAUCUUGUUUGUUUGUUUGUUUGUUGCUGUUUUGUUUUAUUUUUUAAGGAAGCUGCUUGGCUUUAGAGAAUUAAUUUAUCCUGAAUAUUUUCCUGUAAGAAGGUCUGUCAUCUGCAUGAAUAGGAAUGCCUCUUUCUGGGAAAGGGGGACUGGAGAAGAUGAAUGCUGCCAUAUAUGAUUGUGAGAGGUGAGAGAAAACCUGCAGGGCACUCAGGAAAGAGAACCUCCAUCCUGUCUCACACCUAUAUCUUGCUGGAAUAGGAGACAGGAUAGACAUGGGUUAUUCGUCCCUGUUUAUCACAAGGAUUCUUGGUAAGAGAAAUACUGGAGGGAUUUAUCAUCCAUCAUAUACAUUUUAUAGACCUGGGAUCAACCUGCAGAUGGCACAAGCAUAUGCCUUGACAUGGUGCCACAUACUGUCAGAUCAGGUGGUUUUACACCUAGAGGCAUGGGUGUUCUCCGAGGUCUUUCCCAAAGGCUAUUUCAAAGAUACUGGUCAGUGUGUGAAAAACAAAUGCCACACAAGGUCAGUGACUUCUGCUAGGAGGCCAUGAUCUUUGGCUCCCAAUGUGUCUCUGUUCACUUUCUUCUGUGCUGUCUUCUGUUUUAGUCAAUGUGAUUGGAACUUUCAAUAGUACUUGGGGGGUACUUCUAGGUGGGAAGCAUUAAACCUUGCCAAAUCAUGUAUUUAUUGCUGAUUAAAGUAAAACUAAUACUUAUUUAACCUUGGAUAAGUGA